AUGGUGGGUGCUGCGGUCUUCGACUCGGGCGCGGUCAUCGACUCGGGCACGGUCAUCGACUCGGGCACGGUCAUCGACUCGGGCGCGGGCGCGGUCACGCGCAACACUGCGUUGCUGUUCCUGCUGGUGGUGGCCAAGGCGGUGUGGAGCGCGGCGAGCUAUGCGCUGGUGGGCAAUGGCGGGCAGACAGUGUCUGUUGCGGCUGCGCUGCUGGUGACAGCCGGCGUGGUGUUUGCAGCGCUGCAGCGGCCGCUCGCUCCGUACCACCGCCGCAUCCACUCGACAGACUGGGCAUGGAUCGCGGUCCACGCUGUGCUCGGCGCCGCGGCCUUUAUGGCCUGGCUUGUUGCGCUCGAACUGCUUGGUCCGCUGCUGGCGGUCAUAGCCUCAGGCUUUACCGACACUGCCUUUGUGGUUGCGCUUGGCCUGCUGGUGGCCAAGGUACCCACCGCGGGCGGGCGCGGUGACAAGGACGUCAGCCUGGCGGGGCAGCGGUGGUCGAGCGGGCGGAUGCGCGGUGCGCUUGUCCUUGUCAGUGUCCUGUGCGCCGUAGCGAGCGGGCGAGUCGGUGGAAUCGGCGCCAUUCCAACUCCAGAGGCGGAUGCCGGUGGCGACGGGAGCCUGUUGGCGUCGCCGGCGGCCAAGGGCGUGAUGGCGCUUGUGGCUUCGCUUGUGGCGUCUGUGGCGCAAAAGCUUCUUGGCCGGCGACUGGGAGUGGCGGUCAACGGGGUUAAGCGGCUGCAUGCGCUCUCGACGCUGCUCUCGGGCGCACUGCUCCUGCCCGCGGCCGUGGUACAAGGCAUGCGGCUCGGCGCAGGAGAGGCUUGGCUUGGAAGCCUUGCGCCGAGCUCACUCUCGGGGCUGGUCCAGCUGAUGGUCCUCGCGCUCGGCCUUCUUGUGUUCAACUACUAUGUCGACGUGCGGGUGCUGGAGAAGAAGGCAGUGCUUGCGCCGUCGUUUGUGGCACAGCUCGGGUUUGGAGCGGCAGCGGCGACAGCGGGGGGCAUCGAGUUUAUGCGGACCGGAAGCGUGCCGCUGAGCGGGAUCGCCCUCGCUGCCGCGGUCAUUUUCGGCCUCCGCGACCUGCUUCACGUCCCGGGCAAGAAGCGCGGCAAGGGCGAGGCGCGGAGCGACGGGUCGCUCCUGUCGACAUCAUCGAUCGCGGUCUUCACUUCGGUACUCAAGCAGAUUGUGACCGGUCAGGACUCCCGCAAGAUCUUUGGCUUUCUCGUUGUCAAUCUGCUGUUCAUGUUUGUGGAGCUCGUGUAUGGGUUCUGGACCAACUCGCUCUCGCUCCUCUCCGACGCUUUCCACAUGCUGUUCGACUGCACCGCGCUGGCCAUUGCACUCUACUGCACGGUCAUGGCGCAGUGGCCAUCCAACUCGGUCUACUCGUUUGGCUACGGACGGUACGAGAUUCUCUCAGGCUACGUCAACGGCGUCUUCCUCGUCUUUAUCGCCAUUUCGGUUCUCGGCGAGUCGGUCGCCCGCCUCUUUGCGCCCGAGGACGUGAGCACAGACCGGCUACUCCUUGUGGCCGUUCUCGGCCUCGUUGUCAACCUUGUCGGCCUCUUUGCCUUCCACGACCACCACGGGCACUCGCACGGCGGCGGCGGCGGACACUCGCACGGGCACUCUCACGCUCACGGCGAUGCCGAGGCCGGCAAUGGCCACGGGCACUCACACGGCGGCGACGGCGGCGACGACGAGGAGAACAUCUCCAUGCACGGCGUCUUCCUCCACGUCCUCGCAGACACCCUUGGUUCGGUCGGUGUCAUCAUCUCCUCGCUCCUCAUCGAGUGGUUUGGGUGGACCAUCUCGGACCCGAUCACCUCGAUCUUCAUCUCGGUCCUCAUCUUCCUCUCGGUCAUUCCGUUGCUGCAAAACGCCACGGCCGUCCUGCUUCAGCGGGUGCCGAACGGCGUCACUCCGCGCCGCACCGCCCGUGCCGUCGACGCCAUCCACGCUGUCCCGGGUGUCGUCGCCGCCUCGGACCUCCAUAUGUGGCGCCAGGACGAGACCACGGCCGUCGCCACCGUCCACGUCGUCGCUGAGCCGUCCGCCUCAGAGCAGGCCGUCCGCCUCGGCGUCGAGCAUGUCCUCAAGUCACAGCUAGGCAUGCAUGUGACCACUGUCCAGGUAGAGAAGAAGUCGCUGUAAACCCUGAUCAGUCCCCC